AUGCCUCUCACCAACGGAGAAACAAAGUCUCACUUUGCCAGGGGGGGACAAGAUAUCAUGGACCAUACCAAGGCUGUCGAUGACCUCGCUCACUUCGAGAAGGGGGAUGGGAUGGACAUCAACAUGCUCAUGGACUCCGAGAAGCACGGUGGCUUGACCUACAAUGACUUCCUCGUCCUGCCAGCCCAUAUCGGCUUCGCCGCGUCUGAGGUCGCUCUUGAUUCCCCCGUCACCAAGCGCAUCUCUCUCAAGACUCCCUUUGUUUCCUCGCCCAUGGACACCGUUACCGAACAUGACAUGGCUAUCCAUAUGGCUCUGCAGGGAGGGUUGGGUGUUAUUCACCACAACUGCUCUGCUGAUGAGCAAGCCGAGAUGGUGCAGAAGGUUAAGCGGUAUGAAAAUGGCUUUAUCCUCGAUCCCAUCGUCCUCCACCGCAACACUACAAUCGGAGAGGUCAAGGCCUUGAAGGAGCAAUGGGGGUUCGGUGGUUUCCCAGUUACUGAGAACGGCAAGCUUGGCUCCAAGCUGAUCGGUAUUGUGACAAACCGAGAUAUUCAAUUCGAGGAAAAUCUCAAUAAAACUGUCUCUGCUGUUAUGAUCACCGAUCUUAUCACUGCUGUUUCUGGAACCGAUCUGCUAGAAUGCAAUAGCAUUCUCGCCAAGUCUAAGAAGGGCAAGCUCCCAAUCGUUGACUCGAAUGGAAACCUCGUCUCCAUGAUUUCGCGCUCCGACUUGACUAAGAACAUCCACUUCCCGCUCGCUUCCAAACUUCCCGACUCCAAGCAACUGAUCUGCGCCGCUGCGAUCGGAACACGACCAGAGGACAAGAUCCGUCUGCAGAAGUUGGUUGAUGCUGGCUUGGACAUCGUCAUCUUGGACAGCAGUCAGGGUGACAGCAUUUACCAGAUCGAAAUGAUCAAAUAUAUCAAGGAGAAAUACCCUGGUUUGGACGUCAUCGGUGGAAAUGUUGUUACCCGCGAGCAAGCUGCAAACCUCAUCGUAGCUGGCGUCGACGGCCUCCGAAUUGGUAUGGGAAGCGGAAGCGCUUGUAUCACACAGGAGGUUAUGGCUGUUGGUCGUCCCCAAGCCACAGCUGUCCAUAGCGUCAGCUCGUUCGCUGCCAGAUAUGGUGUUCCUUGCAUAGCAGAUGGAGGCAUCCAGAAUGUUGGCCAUAUCGUCAAAGGUCUUGCCCUGGGCGCUACAACAAUCAUGAUGGGAGGUCUCUUGGCUGGUACUACCGAGUCUCCUGGUACAUCCUUCCUCAGUCGGGAGGGUAAACUUGUCAAGGCGUACCGAGGCAUGGGAAGUAUCGACGCUAUGCAGGACAAGAAGGCUGGCGCCGGUGCGAAAGACAGUCAGAAGAGCAAUGCUGGAACUGCACGCUACUUCUCUGAGGGAGACAGCGUCCUUGUAGCUCAGGGUGUGUCUGGAGCCGUUGCACACAGAGGAUCGGUUACCAAGUUCGUGCCUUACCUAGCCGCGGGAUUGAGACACUCUCUGCAGGAUUGUGGCCAGAAGUCUCUAAAGAACCUCCACGAAGCAGUCGCAAACGGCACUACAAGAUUCCAAAUCCGAACAGCAAGUGCGCAGCUGGAGGGUGGGGUCAAUAUGGAGAGCUACGAAAAGAAGCUCUACGCAUAG